AUGAAUCUAUACUCCAUCCCGACAACUGACGGCAUCUGGUGCGGAACCACGGCCGCAGGCAUCGUCAAGCCAGUCCGUUUUCUUUUGAGUUUCGUGAUUGUGGUACAAGCUGAGGUGGCCGGCGGAGCUCCACCUCUUCAACUGCCACAAAACCCACAAUGGCAUUGGCCAAGCACCAUUCUUCUAAUUGGAGCGUUGAAGGUGCUGGGAAGACCUCUAGCGCGUCCCUCGGUGGCGAAUUUCCUGGCCUACUACCUAUCUACGGAGUACCGCAUGAUUUGCCUGACUUCAUUCGGAUGUAACUUUCCUCACCCAAAAGACACUCAGUCGGGGCUUUAUUGGACGGCCAGGGCUGGCCGUGACAUAGGGGGCUCUCCGGGUUGUCUGAUUCAAUCUAUCGCUGAUAUCUACCAAACUGCUCGCUGUAAGCUAUUCAACCCCGUUGCCCCACCCCGCUGCCUUUGCAUUUCCCAGCUUCCUACCUCAACUAAUCCUCAAAGAUUCAUUAGCCACCAAGACGAGAACAUGCAACAUGUCGAAGAUACUUUCCAGGCUUUGAUCUUGGAUGUGGAAAUUGUGCAUAAUAGCUUUCCGAGACUGCUGACGGUCUACCGACAACCGUUAACCUCCCCCCAACAGUCGGCAUUGACCGGGCUCAUACACUCACCGGUCGUCAUCAAAGGUGCAAGCCUUCUGAAUUCGUCCCAAACGUUCCUGCCAUACUUUCUCUGGAUCGACGGUAUCACUCUUGUCAGAUGA